UGGCUCCUGAAAUCUAUAAGACAAGACUGAAGAUUGAAGAUUGAACAGGUAUCCAGAGGUGCCAUAUUCCAAAAGCUCAGCUUCCGCCACGCGCCAUGUGGUGGGCCCUGCGGUGGCUGCUGCUGCUGCUGCCUACGGCUGCGCUGAGCCCCAGCCCAGCAGGGACACCCCACGAGAGGACCCCUCUUUUCCGGCUUACUCAGCAGGGUCCCUGGGGGAGCGGAGCCAACAACGCCACGCGCUCCCCCUGCGAGGGGCUCUUCGCCGCGGGGGCUACGACCUUGACCCUGGCGAACCGCAGCCUGGAGCGCCUGCCGGGCUGCCUGCCCCGCGCGCUGCGCAGCCUGGACUGCAGCUACAACGAGCUGCGCGCCCUGAGCGCGCCCGAGCUCGGCCACCUGCCGCACCUGCAGGCGCUGACGCUGCGCCACAACCGCAUUGCCGCACUGCGCUGGGGCCCCGCUGCGCCCGCGGGGCUACACACGCUGGACCUCAGUUACAACCGGCUGACCGCCCUGCCGCUGUGUGUGGGGCCCGCGCCGGGCAGCCUCCGUGCGCUGCACCUCGCGGGGAACCCCCUGCAGGCGCUGCCGCCGGGGGCCUUCGCUUGCUUCCCAGCGCUGCGCCUGCUCAACCUGUCCUGCACCGCGCUGGGCCGCGGCGCCCAGGACAUCGCUGGCGCCGCCUUCGCGCCCCUGGCCACGCUCGAGGUCCUGGACCUCAGCGGCACGUUCCUCACGCGGGUUCAGUCAGGGUGGAUCAGAGACCUGCCAAAGCUCACCUCCCUCUAUCUGAGGAAGAUGCCCAGGCUGCGGAGCCUGGAGGGGGACAUUUUCAAGACGACCCCUGACCUGCAGCAUCUGGAUUGUCAAGAUUCCCCAGCACUUACCUCUGUCCAGACACACAUCUUUCAAGACACUCCUCACCUACAGCUCCUUCUGCUCCAGAACUGCAACUUGAGCUCCUUCCCUCCUUGGAUCCUGCAUUCCUCCCAGGUCCUAUCCAUCAGCCUCUUUGGCAACCCCCUCACUUGCAGCUGUGAGUUAUCCUGGCUCCUCAUGGAUGAGAAGAGGAUUGCCCUCAGCAGGGCAGCAGACACUGUGUGUGCACCAGCUGCAGGAUCCCAAGGCGCCUUCUCAGCCCCUCUCCUGCUCUCCCAGCUGCCCAGUGUGUGCCAUUCCGGCCAAAGCACCACCCUCCUUGAUUCCAACUCAGCCCCCUCUGUCCGCUCCACCUACGCACCCUCCACUCGGCGGAGCACAGCCCCCUCCACUCGAGCUGUGGAAGAUCAACAGAGUGUCACCAAAGCCCUCUCCUACCCUAUGGGUCUCCACACAGCAACUGCAUGGCCGCACAGCCCUGUCGGGGAGAGGGUAGCUGCCUCCUCUACAGCAGGUUCCAGCAACUCCGGUAAUCUGCCCAGGGCUGCAAGCACAGGCCGGACAGAGCUCAGAGAACAUGCUGCCUGGCUUGUCCUUGACCCUAAUAUCUCAUCUGCCUUCACCCCAUGGACCAGCAAACACCUUGGUCUCUUGCCUGCCUCCCGGAACCCAGUGAGCCCUCCCCAGCUCGACUGGAGGACACAGGCCACCUCGCAGGCUCCCCAGCCAAGUCCUUCCGAGGCCGAAAUUCCAAUCUUGCUGUUGGACGACUCCAGUGAGGAGGAGGGGGAGAAGGAGGAGCAGGGCGCGCCUCCCCAGGAUGGUCCCUGUGAUUACCACCCGUGUAAGCACCUCCAGACCCCGUGCGCAGACCUGCAGAAGCGCUUGCGGUGCCGGUGCCCAGGCCUCAGCCGGGAAGACGCCAUCCCAGAGCCUCCCAAGCUGCAGGGGGUGUUUGAGACCACCGACACGUCCGCGCUUGUCCGCUGGUGCGCCCCCAACUCGGUGGUGCGCAGCUACCAGAUCCACUACUCUGCGGAGGGCCAGCCGGGAAACCAGUCGGUGGUGGGCGACAUCUAUGCCACCGCCCGGCAGCACCCUCUGUAUGGGCUCUUGCCGGGCACCACCUACCACGUGUGCGUCCUGGCGGCCAACAGGGCAGGCCUGAGCCUGCCUCGGGCCUCGGGCCUGCGGGGGCCGUGCGCGACCUUCACCACCAAGCCCAGCUUCGUGCUCAUCUUCGCGGGUCUGUGCGCCGCCAGCGGCCUUCUGCUCGUCAGCACCCUGCUGCUGUCUGCGUGUCUCUGCAGGCGGGGCCGGACUCCACGCCAGCAGCGCUGCGACACCCACCUCGUGGCCUACAAGAAUCCAGCCUUUGACUACCCGCUGAAGCUCCAGACCUUUAAUUAGUCCAGCGUCCCCUGCAAACGAACCUGAGCUGAGGAACUGACUGCCUGUGUGCAGAAAAGAUACAGAGGGUCAAACAACCCAUCAUCUCUGACCAUCUGUAAUUCCUGUGAAGCCUGGCACUCCUCAGCACACGAGGAAUUUGCCAAACUGAGUUUCUCAGUCUAAGGAACUUCCCUUCCUUCUUCUUCACUGUGUGUUUCCAGAAACGUGGUGGUCCACACCAGACCACUCCCAUUGGGACUGGGCAUUCUUGUGUGUUAUUUGGUUUUGUGUUUGGGUUUUUGUUUG